CUGUCAAGGCGUAGCAGCAGUUGAGAGGCGGUCGCACUGUCCACGCCACUGGAACUUUCGAUACCUGGUUGGCGCCUGGCCACACUUUCAUUACCUCGUGGUGUUUCAGUCGGUCGCAUUUUCAUUAAGUCGCCAUUUUAAAAUUAUUAUAGUCAAGUACAAUGGCAGAUGUGGAAAAGGAGCCCGAGAAGACCAUCGCCGAGGAUUUGGUGGUGACCAAGUACAAGUUGGCCGGCGAAAUCGUCAACAAAACCCUCAAGGCGGUAAUUGGACUCUGCGUGGUUGAUGCCUCCGUCCGGGAGAUCUGUACCCAGGGCGACAAUCAGCUCACCGAGGAGACCGGCAAAGUAUACAAAAAGGAGAAGGACCUGAAGAAGGGCAUCGCCUUUCCCACCUGUCUGUCCGUCAACAACUGUGUUUGCCACUUCUCGCCAGCCAAAAACGAUGCUGACUACACGUUAAAGGCCGGUGAUGUGGUCAAAAUUGACUUGGGAGCCCACAUUGAUGGUUUCAUUGCCGUGGCCGCUCACACAAUUGUGGUAGGCGCUGGAGCGGAUCAGAAGAUCAGUGGUCGCCAGGCCGAUGUCAUUCUCGCUGCCUACUGGGCUGUCCAGGCUGCCCUGCGCCUGCUCAAGUCCGGCGCCAAUAACUACUCCCUCACCGAUGCAGUGCAACAAAUCAGCGAGUCGUACAAGUGCAAGCCCAUUGAGGGCAUGCUCAGUCACGAGCUGAAGCAGUUCAAAAUUGACGGUGAGAAGACGAUCAUACAGAACCCCAGCGAGGCGCAGCGCAAGGAGCAUGAGAAGUGCACCUUCGAAACGUACGAGGUGUAUGCUAUCGAUGUUAUCGUCAGCACCGGCGAAGGAGUGGGACGCGAGAAGGACACCAAGGUCUCCAUUUACAAGAAGUCUGAGGAGAACUACAUGCUCAAGCUGAAGGCUUCCCGUGCCCUGCUGGCAGAGGUGAAAACUAAGUACGGAAACAUGCCAUUCAACAUCCGCAGCUUCGAGGAGGAGACCAAGGCCCGCAUGGGAGUUGUUGAGUGCGUCUCGCACAAGAUGAUUGAGCCCUUCCAAGUGCUGUACGAGAAGCCAUCCGAGGUUGUGGCGCAGUUCAAGCACACGGUUCUGCUCAUGCCCAACGGCGUCAACUUGGUCACCGGCAUCCCAUUCGAGGCGGAGAGCUACGUGAGCGAGUACAGCGUGGCGCAGGAGGAGCUGAAGACUCUGCUCGCGCAGCCUUUGGGUCCCGUGAAGGGCAAGGGUAAGGGCAAGAAGGCUGCAGCUGGAGCGGCGACAAAGGUGGAAACGGCGCCGGCCGUCGAGACCAAGGCAUAGACCACCCCGGUGAUCAUGAACAACCGCACCGCCAACCCAACAACGGAAACACAAUGUGAACAAUUGCGCUGCCUACCGCUGCCGCUCCACAGAUUUUUACUAUCGAAUUCGUUGCGUAUUAAAGCCCUUUUGACAACAGAAUAGGACAGAAGAGUAGAGACGGCAACAAUUUGAGGAUGAAAACGCAUAUACAUUUCCCCAAAAAUUCCUCCAUCCAUCAGCAGAGGGCGGUCGGUGCCGCGCCAACUUUACCUCUUUAUUUCCUUUACUAUAAGCUGCCUUCGUUUAUCGGUCUGUUCAACAUCAUCGCAACGAAAAAGCAAAGCAAGAACUGUCGUCAAAUUGUAACAAUUUUAACGCUAAAUGAUCUUAAAAUAUAAUUCAAGUGAAACGUUAUUAACGCUGCGUAGUAGGUAUUAAAUAAAAUUAACAUUUUCUAUAAAACAGCCGAUAAAUGCCAAACGAGUUUUCAUUUAUGUACGGCCGGCCACCCAAUUCCUAAUCGAAUUCGAGACGCUUUUCAUUCUAAUAAAUGCACUUGAGAGUCGUGUUUAUUUUAUACGUUUAAUUUAGUUUUGAUGUUCACAUUCACAUUAUACAAUUUGUAAUUUA